UGAGCAUCAGUUUCAUUUGUUCCCUCAACAAGUCAAGCAAACCCAAACAACUCAAACAACAUGUUCAAGUUCAUCGCUCUCGCUUUCCUCGCUCUGGUCGCCUGCGUCGCCGCCAAGCCUGGCAUUGUUGCUCCACUGGCCUACUCCGCCAACUAUGUGGCUGCUGCCCCAGCUGCCGCUGUCUACAGCACCGAAUAUCACGGCAACUUCGCAUCGCCCUAUGUGGCAGCUCCUUACGUGGCUUCCCCAUACGUCGCCUCGCCCUACGCUGCUGCCUACACCGCUCCCUACACCGCACCUCUGCUGCUCAGGAAGUAGAUGAAGUGACUUCACAACCCAACAAUGCUA